UGUAUUUUGCUUCUCGAAGCUAUAGUUGCCCUCGUUGCGCGUACACAUCUGUCUCGUUUUUAUAAUUGUAGUCCAAUUGUAUUUAUUUCAAUACCAGAAGUCGGGACACUGCGACAUCCCGAGACUCGCACUCACCACACCAAGUCUCGUACCACCUGACGCCUAGUGAACAUGGUGACAACAAGAAGCGAUGGCGUACGGCAACGCAAGGCGAAGGCCAGCGCCGCCACGAACCCUGAGCCGCCACAAGUCGAGGAGGUAGACACGUCCGAAGCCGAAGAGAUCGAGCGUGAGCGGGAAGAGGCCGAGUCCGAGAGACUCCGGAAAAAGAACCGAUCCCCCAAACAGAAACUCGAGGAAGAAGACGAGGAAUAUACCCCAUGGGUCGAUAUCCUCCGGGUCAUAUCCUUCUUGAUAUUCGCCUCGUUUGCGCUCAGUUACCUGAUCUCAGGCGGCGAGACUUUCACGUGGGGGAUGAAGCACCCGCCCAAGUAUCUAAAGGCGAACUGGUGGAAAGCAAAGCUGCGCGGUCCUAUCUACCUUACCCCAGCCGAAUUAGCAACCUAUGACGGCACCGACGAGACAAAACCUCUCUACCUUGCCAUUAACGGCACCAUCUUCGACGUGUCCUCGAAUCGACGCACGUAUGGGCCAGAUGGCUCGUACCGAUACUUCACUGGCGUGGACGCAGCCCGGAGCUAUGUGACGGGAUGCUUCGCCGAGGACCGGACAGCAGACAUGCGUGGAGUUGAGGAGAUGUACCUACCCCUCGACGACCCUGAGGUCGACUCGCACUGGAGUCCUGCAGAACUAGCGGCUCUAAAGGAGAAAGAGCGCGCGGAUGCGCUGAAGCGUGUCCACGAGGGCUUGCUACAUUGGGUGAAUUUCUUCGAGAAUAACGCUAAGUAUCCCAAGGUUGGAUACCUCAAACGGCCCAAGAAUUGGCUGGAUAGCGAGCCCAGGCGGACGCUGUGUAAGUCCGCCGCCAGAGGCAGAACAAAGAGGACCAUACCCUCAGCAUAGAACGACCUGUGUCGGGAUUAUUCCAUAUACAAGAUCAAUUAGAUCAAAUCUCCAACUUCUCAAUGUUCCAGAAGGCGUGCGGACAUACAGGUAAUUAGAAUCAGUCUACUAUUCAUAUAAAUUUGCAUAGAAAGUGAAUGUAAUUUCUAAUCAGUUUUCUCCAGUUGCUAAACCGCAUCUGAUUUUCCUUCACACAGCUACUUGAACAGUCAUCUGUACCAUGGCAUAGCUAUUCAACAAAGUCAAGUAACAAUUCGUCUCAUGCAUCCACGCUUUUUGGCAAAGGUAAACAUUUUCAAGUCAAUGGGUAUAUUAUGUAUAACAGCGAAAUCAGGAGAGGCCCAGUUCGCAAAUAUCUAAAACGUUCCAUAUAGCGCUUUUUCUGCCAACCCAGCAAUUAGACCAAACUCAUCUAAAUGAUUGGCCCUCAA